AUGGAUAAUUCUCCGAUCCCCAACAACGAGAACCCUAAUUCCGUCACCUUCAACCAUAGCCACGCCUAUUUGAUUAUCUCGUCGCUUCUCUCGUUUCCGGAUUCCUCUCCGAUCUCCAUUGGCUCCUCCUUCGAUCGAGUGCUCGAGUGCUUUGAAAGGUCGGGCGACCGCAUCAGCCGUCGUGUGCCUCCGGCGAUGAGCUUGAGUAUUGGAGAUUUACGGGCGGACGACGGUAAAUUGCCGGACUGCUUUGAAAGGUCGGUCGGCCGCAUCAGCCGUCGUGUGCCUCCGGCGAUGAGCUUGAGUAUGGGAGAUAUAGGGGCGGACGACGGUAAAUUGCUGGACUCCACUGAAGCGGAUAUGGAGGACGGGUAUACGGCGGAGGAGAGGGCUUUCUAUUGGACAGGCGUGCAGAAAUCUGGAAUGUUCGAUGUGGAAGGUUUGAUGAAUAAAUCUAACAGACCACCCCAUCGUGGACUUACACCUUUCUAUGCUGAUUACCCCACCGAAAUCGUCCUCUAUGCUAAGUUUGGGAUCCAUUGGUACAAUAUGCUACAGACGGGUAUUGUGGACGAAGGCUUUGACAUCAGGAGUGUUUGUUGUUUCUUGGCUAGACCCAAAGACGGACCACAAGGUAAUGCCGACGCCGGACCACAAGCACAAGAAAACCCCCUAGAAGAAGAACCGCCAGAGCCAUAUAAUUAUGGCGCGAUUAUACUGCCUGAGUGGCCGUCAGAGAAUGCUCUCCGUGAUAAAAAUCGAUAUUACUUGUUGAAGAAAUCAGACCUGCAAAAAUAUGACCAAGUUCGUCUCUACUUGGAAAUUGCAUUCGUCAAAGCAAAUAGAAAGCUUAAAAAUCCUGAUCUUACCAAAUUGUUCAUUACAAGGGCAGCUGUGGAAACUAGACAAGAAAACGUGCAGCCUCCAUCUGAAAGACUCAAGGCCGUAAACGCAGUGUUCUACAUAAAGUACAAGUACCAUCCCAACAAUGGUCGAGCUCGUAAGGGUGUUCGUAUCCACAAGCCUCCCCGUGAUCGCAUUGCUGUAACAAAAAGAACCCUGGACAAGCAUUCGGGACGCAUCACUCUCACGUUCGACACUUGUCUUUCAGAAACGUUUCUAUAA